AUGUCUGAAAAUGAAGAAUUGCACUUGGACUUGCUUGACAAGAUAAAGAAUAUUUUAAACACUCAUAAUCCAUUUGUACACACGUUUCGCCAAUUGGCUCAGCGUCCAGACAUGCAUGAAUGCAGACUUCAAAUCAAAGAGCAACCACGUAAUAGGCCCCAAUACAACCUUCCUACUACUCCUGAAGUUGCUGCAGUUUUAGUAGGUGGCGAAGAAGCUGGAAAUUUAAAAUCAAGAGAUAUCAUUGUCCAAUCAAUCAGUGGUCACCUCCUAAAUAUUUCUGAUAUUGUCGGAUACUAUGAUCCAUUACAGUAUCCUCUGUUGUUACCCUACGGUAAUGUUGGUCGUAGAACAAUAUUGCCAUCGUCAUUUGUUGGUAGCCCACGAGACAUGUAUCAACGAUAUCAAGAUGCAAUGGCUCUGGUCCAAAAGUAUGGAAAACCUGAUCUUUUCCUUACGAUGACCUGCAAUCCAAAUUGGCCUGAAAUUAAAGCUGAGUUGCUACCUGGACAGUCACCACAUGAUCGUCCUGAUUUGCUAACAAGACUAUUUCAUUCAAAAUUUGAUGAGAUAAAGACCGACAUUCUUACAAAACAUGUACUCGGAAAGGUUCUGGCAUAUGCAUAUGUUAUUGAGUACCAGAAAAGAGGCUUACCACAUGCCCACAUUGUCAUUAUUUUGGAUGAAAAUGGUAAGUUACGCACUCCUGAUGAUUAUGAUAACAUUGUCAGAGCUGAAAUUCCAGACAAGAGAUUAGAGCCUAGAUUAUACAGUGUAGUUUUGAAACACAUGAUACAUGGCCCAUGUGGAAUGUACAAUGAACGAUCCCCGUGUAUGGAAAAUGGUCGGUGCAAAAAACAUUUCCCAAAGCCAUUUUCUUCAAUUACUACACUUGGAAACGAUUCAUAUCCUAUUUAUCGAAGAAGAGAAGGGGAGUCAGUUCCUGUAGAGAGUAAUCCAAGCGUCUUGGUGGAUAAUAGUUGGGUCAUUCCAUACAACCCAUGGUUGCUCUUGAAAUAUGAUUGUCAUAUCAAUCUUGAAAUUUGCAGUAGUGUUACAAGUGUGAAGUAUUUAUACAAAUAUGUUUAUAAAGGGCCUGACCGUGUUGCACUAGAAGUUCGUCAAGGUCCUAAUUAUGACGAAGUACAACAGUUCAUAGAUGGAAGAUGGGUUUGUGCUCCAGAAGCAUUGUGGAAAAUAUUCAAAUUCUCAAUGACCAAAAUGACUCAUAGCGUAGAACGCUUCCAAAUACACUUACCAAAUAAGCAGCAAGUGAGGUUUUAUACAUUCCAAGACAUCACAAAUGUUUUAGGCGAUGAGUAUUAUUCCAGAACAAUGCUUACCCAAUUCUUUCAAUUAAAUGUUGAUGAUGAAACUGCAAAUCGAUACUUAUAUCGAGAGAUAUCGCAACACUAUAGAUGGUGCAAUAGCGCAAAGAUUUGGCAGUUGAGAUUGAACCAUCAAAGAGUAAUUGGUAGAAUUUACACAGUUUCGCCAUCAGAAGGAGAGAGAUUUUACUUGAGAAUUUUACUCAAUCAUAUCCGAGGACCAAAAUCAUUCGAUCAUUUGUUAAUGGUUAACGGAAUUGUGUACCCAACUUUUAAACAAGCAGUUGAACAUCAUGGUUUGUUAGAGCAUGAUGAUAGCAUACGACAAUGUUUGUUAGAAGCUGCAACCAUGGACAUGCCAUCAGCUUUAAGGAGAUUGUUAGUUACAAUUUUGGUUUACUGUGUGCCAACAGGGAUGCGAAGUUUGUGGGAUGAAAUUUAUCCUUACUUGAUUGAAGAUUACAUAUCUUCAAACAGUAUGAAUAAUAUGUAUAUCAUUAACAAAACCCUGCAAGAUAUAAACCGUCUCCUACUACAGCAUAAUAAGAACAUAUCAGAAUACGAUUUGCCUGCGAUGACAAUGAAUUUGGAUGAUAAUUCAACAGUUCCAAAGGUCAUACAAGAUGAGUUUUCCAUUGUAACUCCUCGAGAAGACUUAAAUUCUAUUGCCACAUUAAAUAGUGAUCAACACUUAGCAUUCAAUUCAAUCAUGGAGGCUGUGGAAUGCAAUACUGGUGCAAUCUUCUUUGUGGAUGGCCCAGGAGGAACUGGAAAGACAUAUUUAUAUCGUGCACUAUUAGCCUCAGUGAGAAGUCAAGGGAGAAUUGCCAUUGCAACAGCAACUUCUGGAAUUGCAGCUACACGUUUACCUGGUGGAAAGACAGCCCAUUCAAGGUUCAAGAUCCCCUUAAAUCCAGAGGCUUCGUCCAUGUGUUCCAUUACUAAACAAUCAGAUUUGGCAGAAUUGAUUAGACGUGCAACAGUCAUCAUUUUGGAUGAAGCUACAUUGACAAAUCGUUAUGCUUUUGAAACCUUGAAUCGAACACUCAUAGACAUCACUGGUGUUGAUUAUCCAUUUGGUGGCAAAAUUAUGGUGUUUGGUGGUGAUUUUCGACAAGUACUUCCAGUUGUUCCUAAAGGUACAAAAGUUGAAACUAUUGCUGCAUCGAUAGUCAAAUCACCUCUUUGGAGUUACAUUCAAAUGCUUCGUUUAAAGCAAAACAUGCGCUCUAUAAAUGACCAACAGUUUGGUGAAUUUCUUUUAUCUGUUGGAAAUGGUGUACAACCUACCAUUAUAGAUGAAAUGAUCAAAGUACCAACAUCGAUGGCAAUACCAUGGAAUGACGAAGAAUCAAUAAUUCAACUAUUAGAAAAAAUUUAUCCUGAUAUCAUAAACCAUUCUUUUGACGCCGAGUAUAUGGCUAGUAGGGGCAUAAUAACUCCUCACAAUGAAGAUAUCGACAAGCUCAAUGAGAAAAUCAUUCAGAGAUUUCUAGGAGAAUCAAGAGUGUACCACUCAUUUGAUAAAGUUGAAAAUGAUACCCAAAAUUUGUAUCAACAAGAGUUUUUAAAUUCCAUUUCACUAGGAGGAAUGCCCCCACAUGCAUUGCAUUUGAAAGUUGGAGCCCCAAUUAUGCUUUUGAGGAAUCUUGACCCUUCUUUUGAAACACUUGAAAAAAUAAAGCUACUUCAGCUGUGGGAGAAUUAUCAAGAGGAAGCAAAUAUGGUUGCAGAUAAGGAAGUUAAAAAUCAGGUCAAACAGUUCUCCAUGUACAGUCUUGGAUGGAAGGUCUCUAUUAAAGUUGAUAAAAAACAAUUGGGAAAAUUAAUUGUGCGAGAGCUUUUGAGGCAACGACAACAUCGAAAUCCUAUCAUAUCUGAUAGAGCAAGUAUAUGCAGCAAAGACAAUAUGGACAUAUAUGUGGUAAAAGAUCAAGUCUUAUAA